AUGCAGAAGGAGGUGCAUAAGCAUACCCUCAUGCACGGCCUCCUCAUGUACUGCAUAUUUCGUCCAGAUGUCCAACUCGGCGUCUUGCUAGCGCGCAGACCGUGGUUCUUCAUCCUCGCCUCCGUGGCCCUCUCCUCCGGCCUCAGCUCGGGGCUCCUCUUCUGGCGGAUGUAUAACUCGGAGAACGUGGAGACGUGGUUCCUCCCCGAGGCACCCCUGUACCAGACCGAUAUGUGGAUCCGGGAGAAUUUCCCCGAGGGGGUCCGGUACGAGCAGGUGAUCGUUGCGGGUCCGAACGUCCUCACGCCUGAAUAUUUCAAAUACAUGGCGGCUCUGGACAGGAAAAUUCGAUCCGUGGAAGCCGGGGGAUUUGCAUGGGUGGACGUUUGUGCCAGGCCAGACGAAUUUCUGGAAGGAAAAAUCAAGGAGAAAAGGAGGAAAAGAGGCACCCCGAACCUGUUGAGCCCAGAUGAGUCCAGUGUCCACCAGCGUCAAGAAAACACAACAACGAUAGCAACUGAAGCAACAUCAAGAAUUGGAUAUGCAAUGCCAGCAGCAGCAAAAACGAAAGCAGCCCAGCCAGAACCAGAAGAAAUCACUGGAGAAUCCGCGCAAUAUGACGACUACAGUUAUGGUUGGAAAGAGGAUUCGAAUGAGGACGUUUUUGGAGGAGAUGAGAAGGGAAAGGAAAAGAUCAUGUACGAGGAUAAGUGCAUCUAUUCCAGCUCCCUUCUUCUGUGGGAUGAGGAUUUCGAUUUCAGUGCCAUCACCAAGGAAGAGAUACGGGAUAAAAUCACGCGGGCGCUUGAUGACGAGUCGAUGAGAGACGUAGACGUGAUACUAUCGGGCGUGGAGCGUGAUGCCGAAGGACGGGUUGUGGGGGCCACGGCCGUCCUGAGCAUUGAUCCCAUCUCUGAGCCGUGGGAGGCGAAGUUCCUCGAUGCGAUUUUCCACAACGUCAUUCCCCGGCCGCUGGGGCUGGAGGUCUACGUCGCCUCCGCGCGCAGCUACCGGGAUGGGAUCACGUCCGUGAUGGACAACAACACGAUUUAUUUCGUCCUUGGAUUCGUCUUCAUCACGAUCUACCUGGCUGCCUCCAUGGGGAAGUUUAACCUCUUGCAACAAAGGAUCUACCUGGGCUUGGCCACAGUGAUGUCCAUCGGAAUGACCAUCUUGAGCGCCUUCGGGGUGUGCCUAUACGUCGGACUCUUACCGGCGGAGCUCCAUAAUUUGAUGCCUUUCCUCAUCCUGGGGAUCGGCAUUGACGACACGCUCGUCAUCAUUCAGUGCCUGGAGAACGUGGUGAACGCUGGAAGGAUCUUGAAAGCGGAGGAGCGCGUCGAGGAGGCACUGAAGCAGGCCGGGGUGUCAAUCACCAUCACCACGCUCACAGACAUCUUUGCCUUCGGCGUUGGAGCCACGACGGUGAGUCGCAUGCCUUCUCACUUUCACCUGAAGCAUUCUGGUUCCAAACCAAGUCGAGGUCUACAUGCUGUGGUAGUGGUGCUGGUCACGGUGGGGCUGUUGGGUGUCAACUGUUGGGGAUUGUCGGGGUUGACGAAUGAAUUUGACAGGUCCUGGUUCCUGGAUAAGGGGUAUUUACGGGAAUUCUUGACGGCAUUGCAAGAGCUCUUCCCGGAGAGCGGCUACAGGGCGGAAUUUUAUAUCGGGGACGUGGAUUAUUUCCGGGAGAGGGAGUCGCUGCUGGAGCUGUACAAGAGGCUGGAUGGGUUGCCCGGUGUGAGAGACGGCUCAGUGGAGUUUUGGUAUAAGGCCUUCAUGGAAUACCUCAAAGAUGAAAAAGAGUACCCGAAAACAGAGGCGGAAUUCAAGGACAAUGUUUCCACCUUCCUGGUCUUCUCCAAGAAGGGACGGAAGUACCUCCGUGACGUGCAGUACACCGGGAACCUCCUCCUCGACUUCAACAUCACUGCCUCGAGGGGAAGGUACCAGCACAUCCACUUCAACGAUGGGAUGGAGAAGCGACGGGGGAUCGACGAGGUGGAGGAGGUGCUGCACUCGGUGCGGUUUAGGUUCCGGGAUCCCUUCAGGGGAUGUCUUGGGCCCGACUAUCUUGCAAUCAGGAGCAAUCAGGCAAGUGAUGCUGAUCUUUGGUCUAGAAGCGGUGACGUUGUAUCCGAGGAGCUGAUAAAGAACCUCGGCCUGACGCUGGCCGGAGUAUUCGUGGUGGUCCUCUUGAUGGUGGGGGAUCUGCGCGUCUCCCUCUGGGUCUUCACCUGCAUCCUCUUCACCUUGAUCGGGAUAGCGGGGGGAAUCCGCUUUGCUGGGCUCACUGUGGAGAUCAUGACCUCAAUCCUCAUGAUCUUGUCUGUCGGGUUGGCCGUGGAUUAUUCCACCCAUAUCGCGCAUAAGUUUAUGGUCACGUACAGCGAUUCAAAGGAUGCACGAGUAAGAAUCACGUUAACAGAAAUAGGCCCGCCUGUUUUCAAAGGGGGCCUUACUACGAUGAUGGCCUUCAUGUUUUGUUUUUGGAGCACCAAUUAUCUCUUCAAAGUUACUCUCACGGUAAUUUGGCUCUCGGUGAUAUAUGGGCUUUACCACGGUUUGAUCUACCUGCCUGUGAUGUUGAGCUGGUUUGGCCAUGAUCCUUUUGUUGAUAUAAUGCCUUCAAUGAAAAACAGUACUUCCACGGAUGUUCUUGAAAUGAAUCUUGAAGAUACGGAGGAAGGCAAACUUCCCAUUGUCCCGACGAAGAAUUACUCAACCAUUUCGUGGAAAGUCCUUUGGAAGAAGAGCAAGGGAGAGUAUCCGAUGGGGAGCGAACCAGGUCAUCCACAGCUGGAGGUUGCUGGAGGACACGAGUCCUCUCUCAAGAUCGACAGGAAGGAGGGCUGCGCGGUGGCGUCGUACCGCCAGCGACGGGUUGUUGCUGCAUUCCAGCCAAUCUCUGGGAAACUUCCAAUGGAAACGGCGGACCUGGUCCUCAAUCUGAUCGUGGAGACGUGGUUCCUCCCCGAGGCACCCCUGUACCAGACGGAUAUGUGGAUCCAGGAGAAUUUCCCCGAGGGGGUCCGGUACGAGCAGGUCAUCGUGGCGGGUCCGACCGUCCUCACGCCUGAAUAUUUCAAAUACAUUGAUCCCAUCUCUGAGCCGUGGGAGUCAAGGUUCCUCGAUGCGAUUUUCCACAACGUCCUUCACUGGCCGCUCGGGCUGGAGGUCUACGUCGCCUCUGCGCGCAGCUACCGGGAUGGGAUCACGGCCGUGAUAGACAACAACAGGAAUUAUUUCGUCCUUGGGUUCGUCUUCAUCACGAUCUACCUGGCUGCUUCCAUGGGGAAGUUUAACCUCUUGCAACAAAGGAUCUACUUGGGCUUGGCCACAGUGAUGUCCAUCGGAAUGACCAUCUUGAGCGCGUUCGGGGCGUGCCUAUACGUCGGACUCUUACCGGCGGAGCUCCAUAAUUUGAUGCCUUUCCUCAUCCUGGGGAUCGGCAUUGACGACACGCUCUGCCUGGAGAACGUGGUGAACGCAGGAGGGAUCUUGAAGGCGGAGGAGCGCGUCGGGGAGGCACUAAAGCAGGCCGGGGUGUCAAUCACCAUCACCACGCUCACAGACAUCAUUGCCUUCGGCGUUGGUGCAACGACGGUGAGUCGCCUGCCUGAUCUUUUUCAUCUGAAGUAUUCUGGUUCCAAAUCAAGUCGAGGUCUACAUGCUGCUGCCGAUUCGGAUGAAAUUCGACUCGGCAUCUUGCUAGCGCGCAGACCGUGGUUCUUCAUCCUCGCCUCCGUGGCCCUCUCCUCCGGCCUCAGCUCGGGGCUCCUCUUCUGGCGGAUGUAUAAUUCGGAGAACGUGGAGACGUGGUUCCUUCCCGAGGCACCCUUGUACCAGACGGAGAUGUGGAUCCGGGAGAAUUUCCCCGAGGGGGUCCGGUACGAGCAGGUCAUCGUGGCGGGUCCAAACGUCCUCAAGCCUGAAUAUUUCAAAUACAUGGCGGCUCUAGACAGGAAAAUUCGAUCCGUGGAAGCCGGGGGAUUUGCAUGGGUGGACGUUUGUGCCAGGCCAGACGAAUUUCUGGAAGGAAAAAUCAAGGAGAAAAGGAGGAAAAGAGACACCCCGAACCUGUUGAGCCCAGAUGAGUCCAGUGUCCACCAGGUUCAAGCAACGGCAGCAAAAACGAAAGCAGCCCAGCCAGAACCAGAAGGAAUCACUGGAGAAUCUGCGCAAUAUGACGACUACAGUUAUGGUUGGAAAGAGGAUUCGAAUGAGGACGUUUUUGGAGGAGAUGAGAAGGGAAAGGAAAAGGUCAUGUACGAGGAUAAGUGCAUCUAUUCCAGCUCCCUUCUUCUGUGGGAUGAGGAUUUCGAUUUCAGUGCCAUCACCAAGGAGGAGAUCCGGGAUAAAGUCACGAGGGCGCUUGAUGACGAGUCGAUGAAAGACGUAGACGUGAUACUAUCGGGCGUAGAGCGUGAUGCCGAAGGACGGGUUGAGGGGGCCACAGCCGUCCUGAGCGUCUACAUCCUCAAGGACCGGACGAACAUCACCAACAUCCAGGGGCAACGAAUUGAUCCCAUCUCUGAGCCAUGGGAGGCGAAGUUCCUCGAUGCGAUUUUCCACAACGUCCUUCCCCGGCCCCUGGGGCUGGAGGUCUACGUCGCCUCCGCGCGCAGCCACCGGGAUGGGAUCACGUCCGUGAUAGACAACAACAGGAUUUACUUCGUCUUUGGGUUCGUCUUCAUCACGAUCUACCUGGCUGCCUUCAUGGGGAAGUUCAACCUCUUGCAACAAAGGAUCUACCUGGGCUUGGCCACAGUGUUGUCCAUCGGAAUGACCAUCUUGAGCGCGUUCGGGGCGUGCCUAUACGUCGGACUCUUACCGGCGGAGCUCCAUAAUUUGAUGCCUUUCCUCAUCCUGGGGAUCGGCAUUGACGACACGCUCGUCAUCAUUCAGUGUCUGGAGAACGUGGUGAACGCGGGAGGGAUCUUGAAGGCGGAGGAGCGCGUCGGGGAGGCACUGAAGCAGGCCGGGGUGUCAAUCACCAUAACCACGCUCACAGACAUAUUUGCUUUCGGCGUUGGAGCAACGACGAAAAUACCGAUGCUGAGGAGUUUCUGCAUCUUCACGGCCGUUGGGAUCUUCAUCGUGUACGUCAUGAACUUAAUAUUCAUUGUCCCGAUUCUGUCGUUGGACGAAAAGAGGCGAGACGCCGGGAGGGAAGGGUGUCUCUGCAUUCAGCUGCCAGACAACUACAAGCCGAACCGCUGCAUGCAGAAGCAGCUGAUGGACGAGUUUUUCCAGCGGUUGCUCGGACCGCUCAUCGUGAAAACGCCAGUGAAGGUGGUAGUGGUGCUGGUCACGGUGGGGCUGUUGGGUGUCAACUGUUGGGGAUUGUCGGGGUUGACGAAUGAAUUUGACAGGUCCUGGUUCCUGGAUGAGGGGUAUUUAAAGGAUUUCUUGACGGCAUUGCAAGAGCUCUUCCCGGAGAGCGGCUACAGGGCGGAAUUUUAUAUCGGGGACGUGGAUUAUUUCCGGGAGAGGGAGUCGCUGAUGGAACUGUACAAGAGGCUGGAUGGGUUGCCCGGUGUGAGAGACGGCUCAGUGGAAUUUUGGUAUCCGGCCUUCCUGGAAUACCUGAAAGAUGAAAAAGAAUACCCGAAAACAGAGGCGGAAUUCAAGGACAAAGUAUCCACCUUCCUGGUUUUCUCCAAGAAGGGACGGAAGUACCUCCGUGACGUGCAGUACACCGGGAACCUCCUCCUCGACUUCAACAUCACCGCCUCGAGGGGAAGGUACCAGCACAUCCACUUCAACGAUGGGGUGGAGAAGCGACGGGGGAUCGACGAGGUGGAGGAGGUGCUGCACUCGGUGCGGUUUAGGUUCCGGGAUGCCUUCAGGGGAUGUCUUGGGCCCGACUAUCUUGCAAUCAGGAGCAAUCAGGCAAGUGAUGCUGAUCUUUGGUCUAGAAGCGCUAGGAGAGGACCGAGCGAGAGGAUAGAAGGAGGUAGUGCUGACAUUCGCUGCUUACAGGUUGUAUCGGAGGAGCUGAUCAAGAACCUCGGCCUGACGCUGGCUGGAGUAUUCGUGGUGGUCCUCUUGAUGGUGGGGGACCUGCGCGUCUCCCUCUGGGUCUUCACUUGCAUCCUCUUCACCUUGAUCGGGAUAGCGGGGGGGAUCCGCUUUGCUGGGCUCACCGUGGAGAUCAUGACCUCCAUCCUCAUGAUCUUGUCUGUCGGGUUGGCCGUGGAUUAUUCCACCCACAUCGCACAUAAAUUCAUGGUCACGUACAGCGAUUCAAAGGAUGCACGAGUAAGAAUCACGUUAAUAGAAAUAGGCCCGCCUGUUUUCAACGGGGGCCUUACUACGAUGAUGGCCUUCAUGUUUUGUUUUUGGAGCACCAAUUAUCUCUUCAAAGUUUCUCUCACGGUAAUUUGGCUCUCGGUGAUAUACGGGCUUUACCACGGUUUGAUCUACCUGCCUGUGAUGUUGAGCUGGUUUGGCCCUGAUCCCUUCGUUGAUGUGAUGCCUUCAAUGAAAAACAGUCCUUCCACGGAUGUUCUUGAAAUGAAUCUUGAAGAUACGGAGGGAGGCAAACUUCCCAUUGUCCCGACGAAGAAUUACUCAACCUUUUCGUGGAAAGUCCUUUGGAAGAAGAGCAAGGGAGAGUAUCCGAUGGGAAGCGAACCAGGUCAUCCGCAGCUGGAGGAUGCUGGAGGACAGGAGUCCUCUCCCAAGGGCGACAGGAAGGAGGGCUGCGCGGUGGCGUCGUAUCGCCAGCGACGGGGUAGGACGAGACGUGAGCAUCGUAGUGACUGUCGUGUGAACCGAAUACGAACCGGAAUAAACUGGAAGUGUCGCAGCAUCCCGAAGCCGCAUCUCCUCCAUACAUCACGAAAAUGGGUAAAGACAUCAUGGGAAGAAUCAGCCGUCACGUCCACGCCGCCUCAGAAUCCCUCUUCCACAAGUAAGUCCAGGUCCAAGCAUAUUAAGUUCAAUCAAACCAACCCCAAGCAAAUCAAGCUUCAUGUGGGAACGAAUGGACUCGGCCUCCUACUGGCGCGCAGACCGUGGUUCUUCAUCCUUGCCUCCGUGGCCCUCUCCUCUGGUCUCAGUUCGGGGCUCCUCUUCUGGCGGAUGGACAACACGGAGAACAUUGAGAUGUGGUUUCUCCCCGAGGCACCCCUGUACCAGACCGAUAUGUGGAUCCAGGAGAAUUUCCCCGAGGGGGUCCGGUACGAGCAUGUCAUCGUGGCGGGUCCGAACGUCCUCACGCCUGAAUACUUCAAAUAUAUGGCGGCUUUGGACAAGAAAAUUCGAUCCGUGGAAGCCGGGGGAUUUGCAUGGGUGGACGUUUGUGCCAGGCCAGACGAAUUUCUAGAAGGAAAAGUCAAGGAGAAAAAGUGGAAAAGAGACACCCCGAAAAUGUUGAACCCAGACGAGUCCAGUGUCCCCCAGCGUCAAGAGGAUUCGAAUGAGGACGUUUUUGGGGGAAAUAAGAAGGGAAAGGAAAAGGUCAUGUACGAGGAUAAGUGCAUCUAUUCCAGCUCCCUUCUUCUGUGGGAUGAGGAUUUCGAUUUCAGUGCCAUCACCAAGGAGGAGAUCCGGGAUAAAAUCACGCGGGCGCUUGAUGACGAGUCGAUGAGAGACGUAGACGUGAUACUAUCGGGCGUGGAGCGUGAUGCCGAAGGACGGGUUGUGGGGGCCACGGCCGUCCUGAGCGUCUACAUCCUCAAGGACCGGACGAACAUCACCAACAUCCAGGGACAACGAAUUGAUCCCAUCUCUGAGCCGUGGGAGGCGAAGUUCCUCGAUGCGAUUUUCCACAACGUCCUUCCCCGGCCGCUCGGGCUGGAGGUCUACGUAGCCUCUGCGCGCAGCUACCGGGAUGGGAUCACGGCCGUGAUAGACAACAACAGGAUUUAUUUCGUCCUUGGGUUCGUCUUUAUCACGAUCUACCUGGCUGCCUCCAUGGGGAAGUUCAACUUCUUGCAACAAAGAAUCUACCUGGGCUUUGCCACAGUGUUGUCCAUCGUAAUGACCAUCUUGAGCGCGUUCGGGGCGUGCCUAUACGUCGGACUCUUACCGGCGGACCUCCAUAAUUUGACGCCUUUCCUCAUCCUGGGGAUCGGCAUUGACGACACGUUCGUCAUCAUUCAGUGCCUGGAGAACUUGGUGAACGCAGGAGGGAUCUUGAAGGCGGAGGAACGCGUCGGGGAGGCACUGAAGCAGGCCGGGGUGUCAAUCACCAUAACCACGCUCACAGACAUAUUUGCUUUCGGCGUUGGAGCAACGACGAAAAUACCGAUCCUGAGGAGUUUCUGCAUAUUCACGGCCGUUGGGAUCUUCAUCGUGUACGUCAUGAACUUAAUAUUCAUAGUCCCGAUUUUGUCGUUGGACGAAAAGAGGCGAGACGCCGGGAGGGAAGGGUGUCUCUGCAUUCAGCUGCCGGACGAGUACAAGCCGAACCGCUGCAUGCAGAAGAAGCUGAUGGAAGUGUUUUUCCAGCGGUUGCUCGGACCGCUCAUCGUGAAAACGCCAGUGAAGGUGGUAGUGGUGCUGGUCACGGUGGGGCUGUUGGGUGUCAACUGUUGGGGAUUGUCGGGGUUGACGAAUGAAUUUGACAGGUCCUGGUUCCUGGAUAAGGGGUAUUUACGGGAAUUCUUGACGGCAUUGCAAGAGCUCUUCCCGGAGAGCGGCUACAGGGCGGAAUUUUAUAUCGGGGACGUGGAUUAUUUCCGGGAGAGGGAGUCGCUGCUGGAGCUGUACAAGAGGCUGGAUGGGUUGCCCGGUGUGAGAGACGGCUCAGUGGAGUUUUGGUAUAAGGCCUUCAUGGAAUACCUCAAAGAUGAAAAAGAGUACCCGAAAACAGAGGCGGAAUUCAAGGACAAAGUUUCCACCUUCCUGGUCUUCUCCAAGAAGGGACGGAAGUACCUCCGUGACGUGCAGUACACCGGGAACCUCCUCCUCGACUUCAACAUCACCGCCUCAAGGGGACGGUACCAGCACAUCCACUUCAACGAUGGGGUGGAGAAGCGACGGGGGAUCGACGAGGUGGAGGAGGUGCUGCACUCGGUGCGGUUCAGGAUCCGAGAUGCCUUCAGGGGAUGCCUCGGACCCGACUAUCUUGCAAUCAGGACCAAUCAAGCAAGUGAUGUUGUAUCCGAGGAGCUGAUAAAGAACCUCGGCCUGACGCUGGCCGGAGUAUUCGUGGUGGUCCUCUUGAUGGUGGGGGAUCUGCGCGUCUCCCUCUGGGUCUUCACCUGCAUCCUCUUCACCUUGAUCGGGAUAGCGGGGGGAAUCCGCUUUGCUGGGCUCACCGUGGAGAUCAUGACCUCCAUCCUCAUGAUCUUGUCUGUCGGGUUGGCCGUGGAUUAUUCCACCCACAUCGCGCAUAAGUUUAUGGUCACGUACAGCGAUUCAAAGGAUGCACGAGUAAGAAUCACGUUAACAGAAACAGGCCCGCCUGUUUUCAACGGGGGCCUUACUACGAUGAUGGCCUUCAUGUUUUGUUUUUGGAGCAGCAAUUAUAUCUUCAAAGUUUCUCUCACGUGGAGAGUCCUUUGGAAGAAGAGCAAGGGAGAGUAUCCGAUGGGAAGCGAACCAGGUCAUCCGCAGCUGGAGGACGCUGGAGGACACGAGUCCCCUCCUAAGUUCGACGACAAGGAGGGGUGCGUGGUGGCGUCGUACCGCCAGCGACGGGGUAGUCAGGCUUGA